UUGUCACGUUGUUGUGACGACGUGACAAGACAAAGGGAAAGGGGAUGUUUCUUUGUUGAUGUUGAUUGUUGUUUGUAGCGUGUGCAGUCAGAUCAAAAUCCAUCAAAGGCACGAAAAUAAAGAAGUUUCCUCUGUUCCACAAUGCUUCCUUUCAAAUCUUUUGUUAUACUUGAUUUGGAAAGUAGUGGGCUGCCUGCAUUUGGUGGGAAAACCAAAAUCACAGAGCUUUCAUUUAUCGGUGUCUUGACGGACCACUUACUGGAGAGUCACCGAAAAAGUGAAUCCGCUCCUAGAGUACUGCAAAAACUCAGUUUGUGCUUUUAUCCUCAAAAGAGGAUUGAUUUUGAAGCAACAGAGAUAACUGGUUUGGACAACUUUUUACUUGAAGAAAUCCCCGCAUUCAAUAAUGAAGCCUGUGAUAUAGUUGCAUCAUUUCUAAGUAGGAUGCCUUCACCCCUUUGCUUAAUAGCGCACAAUGGAAUGAAGUUUGAUUUCCAAUUGCUGAAAUCAGAAUUGGCUGCCAAAAAAAAGGAGCUACCAGAUGACAUCUUUUGUGCAGACUCCAUACUAGCGUACAGAACCAUUUUUCCUGCUACAUCUCAAAAGUUUGCCACCUCUCCUGGUCUUAUAAGCCCUGUCAGGAACACCAUCAGCAGUGAUCCUGUGACACCACCGAAGCCUGUGCAAUUAAUUUCAAAUGGAUCUGAUUUGGAGUGCUCUAAGAUCAAUUCUGAGCUUCCAUCGGUCUCAGAGUUUAAAAAGACAAAUGAGACAACUCCUAAACAUUCUGUUAGACAAGAGUGUCCACCUUUGAAGCGGAAAAACGCUGACAAUGAAAACGGUGACAGCCAAGGUAAAAUUGUGAGGAAAAAGUUAUUUAAGGGUCAAGGGAAACCAGACAGCUACAAACUGGUUGAUUUGUACUCACACAUCCAUGGUAAAGGGCCCGAGUAUGGUCACCGUGCUGAAAGUGACUCAAUGUCGCUGCUGGAGUGUGUUGUCGCUACAGCACCAGAGUUCUUAUCAUGGGUUGAAAAUAAUAGUUUGCCUUUCAAACGAAUUCCUUGUAUGUGGUGAGGUUUUUCUUUCAAGACUGAUGAACAGAUUCAAUACUGUUAUUUGUAAGAAUACAGUCAAUAACUUGAAUCCUAAUUAAUUUUUAAAGUUGCCAUUUUAUAUUAGUAUUAAGUGUUUGUUUUUCAAUUUUAUUUCAUCUUAUGUUUGUUCAACAUAGAUAUCUUAUUCCCAUUUGUGUGUUUUCCUCUUCAAUUAUUUGAAUUAAUGAAAUCAGAAAUUGUGACAUGUGUAUCAAAGAAUGAUCUCUAAAUAGUUUUAUCAAAUGAAAUAUAUUUUAAUUGUUGAAA